AGCCGGCGAGGCGCAACAAACUUGCCGCGUUUUAUUUUUAUUCUGUUUGAUAACUGAGAAACCCAGCAAAAUGGAUGGUGUUACCGAGGACAUGUGGACGCCGUACAAGCAUCUGUACAGCGUUUUCCAGGCGACGGUGGCCAAUCCGAGUGGCGUCACCUCCGAUUUGGAGCUGUGCCUGAAGAAGUACAAGCACAGCUUCACGAACUUCCUGCGCAAUCCGGCCAAGAGCGAAAAGAGUCGCGGUCAUUUGAGGAACGCCUUGAACGAGGGCAUUCCGCUUCCUGGGCAAUCGAGGAAGAUCAAGCUAUCGCAGGAUCUGGUGGACGAAGCCCUCAUCCUCUCGGACAUGUUCGACCUGGACGAGGUGUUCGCCGUGGAGCUGCUUUGCACCGCCCAGCGCCAGCAGAUGCAUCAUCCUGGUUUGCCCAGAGGAUUGGUGGCGGUGCUACUUUACUAUGAUGGAAGAAAAGCCAUCAGUUGCGCCCUGCGUGACAUGUUCCAGGCGGUCAGCGGCGUCUCCUGGAGCACUGAGCUGCCCAGGGAGAUCACCUGCCUGGUCACCAACUAUGCGCAGAGUCUCGUGGAGGAUUCUAAUAUCCUGGGACGCCUGCUGGAGCUGCUCGAGGAGAUGGACGUGGACAAGGAGUGCAUCCUGCUGACCAAGAACCGCGCCUUUGGCUCCAAGAAGCACCAGAACCAGGUGCUCGGCCUCUACGAGGACAUCCAGCGAGCGGUGGCCAUGGCCCUGUUCCACUGGUCGGCGCAGCGCGGCCUGCCGCGACCCAUUGCCAUCCGUCUGCUGCAGCAGCUGGCCAGCCGGAAGACCAACGAUGCGGAUGGCAACAUCGACGAUGUGACGCUGAUCAUGCUGAUGGCCCUGCUGUACGCGUACGACACGUCGGUGCUGCUGGUCAGCGAGCAUACCAAUCCGCACACCGCCCGCCUGCCGAUACUCAGCGAUCCGGACUUUGCCAAGGGCUUCCUGGAGGCGCUCUAUGCGCAGAGCAGCUGGCAAACGCCGCGAUUGGAUGCGAUUAUCACGUAUAGCUUUGGGCUCACGCUGGCCAGCUUAAGGCAUGCGCCGGGGCAGCUGCAGGCGGCCGCUUUGUCGGCCAUCAACCGCGACGAAAUGCUCAUCGACGAGGCUCUGGGCGCCCAGGUCUUUGGCUUCUUCUACCGCCUGCUGCUCGAAAAGGAUCUGGUCUACACCACCGAGUUCAUUUACCGCCGCGUUCACCUGCUCAUCACGGACUUUAUCGACUUUAUGCACGCCAAGGUUUCGGAGUUGCGUGGUCGUGCAGAUGAAUCGGCUCGCACGGUCAUCAGUUUCCUGAACGAGGGCCUUGAACCGCCGCCCAACCUAGACUCCAACUUUGAGCUGCUCAUGCUGUGCGUGGCCAAGUUGUAUGGCGAUCCGAGGGUCAGCAUUAAGCUGUGCAACGAGUACUGGGGCCCCAGCGACCCCACGGGUUCCACCUUCGGUGUUAUUUUGCCCACUGCCUUUAAGAACACCUCGCGUUCGGUGUCGCUGUUCAAGUUUAUUAGCCUGGCCAGCGAACUGCUGCCGCAGACUCUGUUUAAAUCCUACCUCAAGAUGAUUUCUGGACUCACGCGAACGGAAUUCUCCGCCCGCUGCGCCUUCAACAUGCUCAAACUGCCCCAGGUGACCACUGGCACCUAUGCCGUGAGCUGGGAUCACUUCUUCUCCACGCUGGCCAACUACUACAAUUUAAUGCGCAACGACUUCAAUACUAAUAUUAGCACCGGUGGCGAUACCAUCUAUAGGAGUCGCUCCAUCCCGAGGAUCAUCACGCAACGCGAAGCGGAUCAUCUGGUGGCCGUCAUGGGCAUCAUACAGGCGGUGGCCGAGCACGACGAGAUAUCGCGCAUCAUGAUCUGCGAGCAGGCCAACUGGCAGCCUCCCCAGGUGCUCCUCGGCCUGGUGGCCUGCUCCACGCCGCUGCUGCUCAAGGCGGAGAUACUCUUCACGCUGGCCGCUCUGGCCAAGUCCAAGGAGACGGCGCGGGCCAUCUGGUCGCAUUUGGAGGAUUCGCAGAUUAUACCCACUGUCCCAGUGGCCAGCAACUAUGGGCAGUGCAGUUUGGCGGAGGAAAUCGAGCAGAACGAGAGCCGUUUGGAGCAGUACAAGCUGACGCGGGGCAUUCUGCAGCUGCUCUACACUCUGAUGACUGGAAAUAUGCCCAAGAGUUUAGGAGUGGGUCCAAGGAAGGCCGGCUACGAUGCGUAUUUCAACUUUGUGCUGGAAUCGGUGCUGCUGAAGUUCUACAAUCGAGCGUACAAGGAUCCCGCCGAGAAGUGGCAGGUGGGGGCGCAGUGCCUGAAGCUGAUGUACUACCUGCUGGCCACCUAUCGUCCGCGUGCCUCGGACUUUCAGGAGACGCGCGACGAGCAUCCGUAUCCCGGCUACCAUGUGAUGAUGCAGCUGCAGGUGAAGUCCGAUAUGCUGCACCUCCUCCUUCGCAUUGUGGAGGAGGCGCGCGAGCGGCUGGACGACUACAAUCGCUUUCACGGCAAGGAGCUGCUCGAGGAGUGCUCCCUGUACGCCCUGCUGCUCCUCGAGGCGGCGCUGGCCAAGCAGAACGCCUUCUUCGAGACCCAUUCGGCGGCCAAUUGCCCCGUGAUGCUUUCUGGACUGAAUCGCAUGCUUCUCGACCUGAAUCCUCGCAGCAGGAAGCCCGAUCAUGUGCUGAAUAUCGUCAAGUUUGUGACCUACAACAGCUGGCUGCCGCGUCAUUCGCUGGCCGCCGUCAAGAUCCUGAGUGCGGUGACCCAGCUGCCGAAUGUCUCGGCCCAGAUACUCAGCAUGUACGCGCAGGGCAGCAACGAGAAGCUGGAGAUCCGGCAGGGAUUUGUCGAGUGCCUGGAGAUGGAGGUGGGCGAGGCCAGGCAGAGCGACGAGCUGCUCGACCAGCUGGCCUCCAAUGAUCAUGUGCCCUUCCUGGGUUUCAACGAGGAUGGCGAUCGCAGGGAAGCAGGAGAUACUGAAUCUCGUAGCGAACCGAAUACGGAGGAGGCCGCUCUGGAGGGCAGGCCGGCGCGCAUCGAGCUGCAGCUGAAGGAGGCCAUUGUCCAGCUGUUCGAGAUGAAUCUCAGCCAGCAGCUGCCCAACUUUGUGUACUUUCUGCUGGGCGUCGAUGUGCUGCGCGACUUUAUGGCCAACGAAAAGCAGCAUCUGGGCAUUGAGAUGCACUGUUCGUGUGUUAACUCCUUGGUUUUGCUGCUGGAAAAGUAUCUGGAGCAGCAGCGGCACAGCGAGGAGUACUGCGAGCACACGGCCAACAUUGUGGAGCGCAUCUAUCAUCUGUUUCACGGACUCUGCGCCAAUCGCCGCACCACGGAGACCAUACUGCGCUACUUUCGGCUCACCUGCAACGACUUUCUGCUGCGCCACCUCAACUCGCUGCCCUUCCGCCAGCACCGCGAGGAUCAUGUGCUGCACGCCAUGAGUCACCUGCUCAACUGUGUGUCCAUCGAUGUCAAGUUGGCGGCCACUCAUGGCCAGACGACGCGCUACAAUCUGCUGUGCGAUAUUCUGCUGAUGGGCAAUGGCACGGAGGCCCAGCGAUCGGCGCAUGGACUGCCCAUGGAGCUGGGUCACCAGUCGGCGCCCUUCUACGCCAUGGAUUUGCUGCCAAGCGCAGGAGGAGGACCUGGCUCGGGAUCGGGUUCAGGGUCGGGUUCGGGUGUCCAGGGAGCGGGAGCCAGUACAUUGAAGCCACCACUCCUCCAAGAGACGUCGCAGGGACUGCAUGCCAACCGGCUGCUCGAUUGUUUGGUCCUCGAAAUGGACACUCUGAGUCAGCCGCAGCUGGAGUUCUUCGACAUGCAGCUGACCACGCAACUCUUGAGGGACUGCGAGUCCAGCGACGCCAAUCCGCUGAUCAAUGUGCGCAAACUGCACUACAUUCUGCACGACGAACUGCGCAUGGUGCAGAGCACCAUAGCCAGUGGCCAGCGGAAGGCCAUCUCCACGGAGAUCACGGUGCUGCUAAAGCAUGCGGUUAAUCUGAAUAGGGUGCGGACUCAGCGCUGCGCCACUUUGGCCUUCAUGGAGGCCUGGGGUCAGCUGGUUCAGGUGCUUUUUAGCAGCAUGCCCGAGGCUGUGCUACCGGUGGCAUUGCGGCGCCAGCACAUCGUGGAUAUCAUCGAGAAGAUCCUCAUCAAGGUGCAGCCCAUACAGCCGAUCAUCGAGAUCUCCAUUCAGGUCAGCGAAACGGUGCUGCUGCUGCUGGCCAAUCUGCGCUACUGCUGCUACCAGGCGGAGGAUCAGCGGGGAUCCGAGGAUCAUCCGAAUGAGGAGUCUUUGGCCAAUGGCAAUGGCAUAGAUGCGCAGGCGGGCAAGAUGAGCCUGGGCCAGAGGACCAUCGGCAAUGGCGAACGGGAGAACGGCGCCGGCGCGAAUAGCAGCAAUCUGCGGUUCAUCCUCAAGAGCCUCGUCGAGUGGAUCAUGAUCAGCGAGGUGAAGUCGCAGAAGCUGCGCAUCAAUCUGUACAGCGCCCUGCUCAACUGCCUGCGCAUAGCGAAGCGCCUGCGCACCGACGAGCAGCUGGAGUACCAGGAAACAUUGACGGUGCGCCAGGAGAGCUCUGGCCUGGAGAUGCGGCGCGACGAUCGCCAGCGGCUGAAGGCAAUGGCUGCCGAUGUGAUUGGAACCUUUGGCGAGAAGCUGAUCGACACCAUCUGCCAUGAUGCGGUCACCGGACACGAUGUGUGCCGCAUGCUGGCGCUGGCCUGCCUGGACAUGAUCUCCGAGCUGCAUGCGGUGAGCACGCUGUGCGACUUUGUGGCCACGCGCGGCUACCUCAAGCACAUGCUGGACAGCCUGGGCAAGUCGAGCGAGGCGCUGUGCUCGAUCCUCCACCCAGUGCCGGAUCAUCUGAGGCCGCUGUAUGUCUACGAGUCGCGAAUGGCCUUCCUCACGCGCAUGGCAAACACCACAGUGGGCGCGCGAUUGCUUCUGGCGGAGCGAGCACUUGGCGUGCUGUCGAAUAUGCGGGUCUACGAUCUGCAGCCUGACCUCAAAGCCAGCGAACUGAAGCGCGACGAGCCGCAGACCUUCCUGCCGGCCAUUGAUGAGCGCUUCCGCGCGAUCCUACUGCCCGCCUUGGGCCUCUGCGAUGCCAUUGUCAACUCGCUGGGAUCGCGCAACAAUUCGGCUGCCCUGCAGGUGCUCAACUUUCUGUUCGCCCACAUCGACAUGGUGGAGGCGAUGCUGCGCACGGCCACGCCGUUCAUGGACUUGGGCCACCUGCAGCAGCUGGCCGUGAUCAGCAAUCUGUUUGCGCGCACCACCACGCACGAGGUGACGGCGCUGGAGGACAGCCUGGAUGUGGAGAACGAUCUGGAGCUGCGCAAUCGUUUGGGUCGCCUGCAGCAGCUGAUGAUUGUGGUCUUUGGGCGAUUUUCCGUCAGCGAAGCUACCAUUCGGCGAAUGCUGCAGCAGGAUCAGGAGCAGAACGGCAGCAGCGGCGAUCAGGCGGAGGGCUCGAAGACGCUGCGCGUCAAGUAUUUCCUGGACAUUGCCGCGAAUCUUUCGCUCUAUUGCCGCAAUGCGGUGACCAGCCAUGUGAAGGACAGCAUGACCUCCAAGUAUUUGCUGACCACCAUGAUCAACGAUGUGACGCCGCUAACUGGCAAAAUGGACAGCAAGAAGCUGACGGCCAUCAUGCACACCAUCCUCAACCAGCUGAAGGGCUCCAUUGGCUACUACCUCUCGCAGAAAUCGAUUGCCGACAAUCUGCUGCAGCAGCGCGCCUCCCUGCCCAACAUAAGCUUCGGUCCCAACGGCAAACAAAGCUAUGUGGAUUUGAGCCAACGGCACAGCGAGAAGCGCAGCGAACUCAUGCAGGCCGUCUUUAUUGCCGAGCAGAAUCUGUAUUUGCUGUGGAUCCACCUGGACUUCUAUCUGCGCAACGCCGUCGUCUACGCCAACGAGAAUCGCAACGCCAUCAACGAGAGCAUCCUGGACGCCACCAACGCCUCCGUGCUGAAUGCCUCGCAGGACGAGAUCCUGCAGCUGAAGCAGCUGCUCAUCUCCACCUUCAACGAGACCUUCUGCACGCAGCUAAUCACCGCCAGCGAGGACUACACGGUCAAGUGCAAGGGCUUCAAUGCCUCGCUCCUGCGCCGCAUCAAGGCGCUCGUCCAGUUCGCCCCCGUCACUGCCAACGGCGACAAUUCCUCGUUCAUCUCGUAGGCGGCGCACAGCACACACACACAUCUCUAGUUUAAUGAUUCAAUAAAAAUGAAAUGUUGAUUUUCCUAAA